AUGGCACCAGUGAGCCCGGCGGCGAGGUGGCAAACAAGAGGUCUGGGGACACGAGGUGAAGAGGUUUCUUCGGUCGGCUUGAAGAAUAAGAAUGGGAAACGGAGGACCUGGCGGCCUAACCAUGCACAGGCCUUCGCGGGAAGCGUUCGCGAGGGACAAGGCUUUGCCUUUCGGAGAAAAUUGAAGAUUCAGCAAAAUUACAAGAAAUUGCUCUGGAAGGAAAACAAGACUAGAACAUCAUGGGAAUCCCAAUUCUCAGAUCAGUACCCAGAUCACUUGAAACAUCUCUAUUUAGCUGAAGAGGAAAGACUCAAGAAGCAACUAAAAAAAGCCAACCAGCCUUUGUCAGAAGAAAAAGUUAAUCAGCCUUUUCUUGAAGAACAGUGUACAGUUGAUGGAGUUUUAUGUGAAGACCAGGAUCAUCUGCCUCAGCCAGAGAAAUGGUGUAGCAACGCAGUGAGUCCUAACACUGUUCCCAAGAAAAAGAAAAAGAAAACAUCCAGUCAAAAAGCACAAGAAGAAUAUGAGCAGGUACAAGCUAAGCGUGCUGCUAAGAAACAAGAAUUCGAGAGGAGAAAACAAGAGAGAGAAGAAGCUCAAAAACUCUACAAAAAGAAAAAAAUGGAAAUGUUCAAAAUAUUGAGCAAAAGGACUAAAAAGGGUCAACCAAACUUAAAUUUGCAAAUGGAAUAUCUUCUAAAAAAAAUACAAGAAAAAAGUUGAAUGAGACGUUUGUCCAUUAGGGUAAAAAUACCUGUUGAAUAUCUGUUGGAUUCAUACAGUUAAGAAAUGGCAGUCUCUGCAAAUGAACCAAAUUUGUCAACAUAAGAUGAACUGCUAAGCUGUGCAUAUAAUUUUUCUUAUAAAGGAAAAAUUUUAAUAUGUAUAAUUGAUGAAUAUGUGUUUUAUAUUUAUUUGCCUCUGGAAGAAGAUUGACUUGACAAAUUUAAAAAGUCUAUUUAGGAGACAGAUUUAAGCAUAUAAUGCUUUUGUUGCAUAUCAAAUUGGUAUGGAAUAAAAAAUUUUGAAAAUAACUUUUCAAUGCUACAUUGGUAUAUUUCGAUGAUACAUCUCACUGGUACUUUUUUUCAGUUUAGUAAUUAGCAACAAUGUAUGGAUUUUAAAUUUUAUUUUAGACAGAGAUAUUCCUUGGAGUUUUAUUUAUCUUAAAAAUAUGUUAUAUAAAAAUGACUUUCAGAAUACCUGAGAAUAGGUUUUCUGUCCCCACAAUAAUAAGGUAAAUUUCAUAAAGCAGUUUAUCUUAAGAAUUAAGAAUCUGGAUUACAAACAUUGCUUUAAAGGAAAAUAGCUGAUAGUAUAAGAUCUUUUAAAUGAUGAGAAACCAACAGUGUCACAAGAAUUGUUUUUCAGAGCUGGUGAGAAGGAUCCUAGGUUUUCAGGGUAUUGAUACCAUGAAACCUCAGUGCUACCUUCUGAGCUGAGAAAAACUACUUUUCCUGACUUGGAUUGUAGCACAAUGAGAAUGGCUUAACUAUAGUCAGUGUAAGCAAGAUGACUGUACAGAACAAAUAGUAGAACCGAUGUGUUUUAGUGAUACCGAGUGCAAUCUGCAAGGCUUUAGGAAGCAUUUGUAUUCUACCAAUUUUAAAGAGUGGUGGAUGUUUAGGAAACACAUUACUCAGGAAAUCAAUGCUUAGAAAUUUACAGUGUAUUGCAGUUGAGCAAGUCAAACCAAAAAUCUAGCCACAACUGAAAAUAGUACAUUGUGAUACAGAGUGAAAGAUUUCAUUGAACCCUUUUAUAAUGAUUUCAUGUUUGCAUUCUUUAAGUACUUUAUCAUGACAGAACAUGCAAGGAGAUAAGGUUCUUUUGAGAUACAAAAAUGAAUAUUAAGUUCAUUUCAACAGCUUGUUGAGUGGAACCACUUUCCUAGGAUCUUACAGAGUUAGUGACAGUGUCAUAAAGCAAGAACUAUAAUCAGUGACAUAUAUAAAACAAUUCAUACCAGCGUUCUAAUCACCCAGAGAAUCAUAA